ACAAAAAACUGGCGAAGAACAUAGUAACGAAGAGAUUCUUAAAAAAGAAAAGGUUAAUAGAUCUUAUAAAGUUCUUGGACUUCGAGAAGAGGCUGCUCUAACUCAAAAGAAUUUGAGUAACGAAUAUGGAGAGAAGUAUGGUGAUGAUCAAUUGAACUACGUUCUCGAAACUAUGCCUAAUGCCAUCCAACUCCCCGUUGAUCAGACACGCUUGCCAUGUAGUAAGCCAGCAAAGACAGUUAUUGCUCAACGCACUAAUAAUGAUUACAAG